UAGGGGAAAACCAAACAAAAGCCCCCAAAAAUAAGAGCGUGUGAAAGCGAAGAGCAGGAGCAGUCCCCGCAAGGUCAUCGCACCCACGGGGAAGGCAGAAGCGAUCCCCAUCCUUGCCAUCGCUUUAUUGAUAUUCUUACUGCCUGCAAAAUGGGGAAACAGAAUAGCAAGCUGGCCCCUGAGGUGAUGGAGGAUCUGGUGAAGAGCACGGAGUUCAAUGAACACGAGCUAAAACAGUGGUACAAAGGGUUUCUAAAGGACUGUCCAAGCGGAAGACUGAACCUUGAGGAGUUUCAGCAGCUCUACGUAAAAUUCUUUCCGUAUGGAGAUGCUUCAAAGUUUGCCCAGCACGCCUUCCGAACCUUUGAUAAAAACGGAGAUGGGACCAUCGACUUCAGAGAGUUCAUUUGUGCACUGUCCAUCACCUCGCGAGGCAGCUUUGAGCAAAAGCUGAACUGGGCCUUCAACAUGUACGACCUGGAUGGUGAUGGUAAAAUUACAAGAGUGGAAAUGCUGGAAAUUAUAGAGGCCAUCUACAAAAUGGUGGGCACUGUGAUAAUGAUGAAAAUGAACGAGGAUGGCCUGACGCCUGAGCAACGGGUAGACAAGAUCUUCAGUAAGAUGGAUAAGAACAAAGAUGACCAGAUCACACUGGAUGAAUUCAAAGAAGCUGCAAAGAGUGAUCCUUCCAUCGUAUUACUCCUGCAGUGUGACAUUCAGAAAUGAGCCGGUGUGCAACGCGUCAGAGACUGCACAGAAGUUUAAUGUUCCAUUCAGUUUGCAGCUAUUUCCACACACACACAAAAAUUUGCUUGGACUACCUAUAAAUGGACUUGCUUCUUGUGUUUGAAACACUUGUGUGCAUGAGAAUGUCAUUUGCUAAAGAAUUUUAAAAGUAUAUAUUAUAAAAAUAAACUGCCACAACGUGAUGUGUGCAAUGUCAUUUCAUAACAGCCCCCUUCCUCUGGAGCCUGUGCAGCAGUCCUGUGCUGCCGUGAAUUAUAUUAUUUAUUGUUCAUGUUUUCCUGAUGCUAGCUCUGUGUCUCCUAGACUGAGUAAUGUUAGUGACACUGAAUCCCCAUGGUAAUGUUAACUGUUUAUUAUAAACCAUGUCACCAUCCUGCUGUAAAGUAGUACCGGACAGACGGAGGGGGAGAGAGAGUUCCUCGGCUCUCACGUCUGCGCCGCACACGUGCUUGUAUUGUCAGUGGAGAUAAAUGUACUUCAUUUGCAUGCCUUUUAGGUUUGCCUUAAUUCUUACCUCAUUUGCAUCCCUUCAAUCUGGAAAGAGCUAUGUCAGAGGAAUGCAGUAUAAAAAAAAAAAAAUAAUAAUCCUGCUAAAAUGAUCCCUUUAAUUAAAAGUAUAUAUAAAUAUAUAUAUAUAAUGUUUAAAAUAUUGUUUUAUUGGAAGUUUAAAGGUUUUAUUGGAAGUGUAUUGAUCUUUGCCUGAAUUUUCAAAAGCUUCCACAGAGGUUGCAAUAUAUAUGUCCCAAAAUAAAUUUAUAACAUUUGACCUUUUCCCCUAAUUCUUUUUUCAUGUCUUCAGCACCGUAAUAGGAAAAAAAGUUCGAUCUCUUUAAUUACCUGUCACUGUACUACUGGGAAAUACAUAUUUCAUUACAAAAGCAUGAAGAAAACUUCUUUACACUCACUCACUCCCUCCAAGAGGUGUAAGAUAGGAAACCAGACGUUGCAGUUCUUGUUUUUACCAACAAGGUGGGUUUAUCCUCUCAGCCCCUGGCACUAAGACGUACCCGUGUCCUGCGGAGCUGCGCAGCUUGUGCAGCCAGCUGGGUUUAUAUUUUAUAUUGUCAAAAAUCAUUACUAAUAAAUUAAUGAUCAAGUGUGAGGACUGAGAAGGGGCGGUGAAGGAACCACCUUCCUCCUCAAUCCUACGCACAUCAGUGGAGCCUGCUGCAAGCAGGAGCCUGCGCAGCCCUGGGGAAGCGUAGAGAACACACGGGCUGCAGGAAAUGCAGAUUAAAAUCCUUCCUUACACCACGUUUCCCAGUUGCUUUAAACAGUGGGUUUCUUACAGGAUUACAAAAAAAAAAUAAAAAUAAAAAAAAUUAAUGCCUGAACAUCUUA